CCUUCAGAUGGAGAUGAAGUAGCAGCAGCAGCAGUCGGUCAGCAGAGCAGCAGCAGCGGCAGCAGCAGCAGCAGCAGCAGCAACAGGAACAGCGUGUGUUCCGCGGAGCCGGAGCUUUCCUUCAGGGGGGACAGGUGACAGAGCAGACCGAACGAGCGACACUCAGCCGCCUCAGCGUGCAUCGGUGGAAAUUACUGCUGUUUCCUCCCCCCUCACCGCACACCCUCCGAUUGCCUCAGUAGAUGUUACUCAACUACAUGCAUUUCGAUCUGAUCUUCUAAGCCCAGUCCGCCAAGAUGGAAAAUGCGCACACUAAAUCGGCGACUGAAGUUUUAGACAACUUCGGUGUGAACGAAAACACCGGGCUGACUCUGGAACAAGUCAAAGUCAAUUUUGAGAAAUAUGGACCGAACGAGCUCCCAGCUGAAGAAGGCAAGUCCCUGUGGGAGCUGGUGGUGGAGCAGUUUGAAGACCUCCUGGUCAGGAUCCUGCUGCUUGCUGCUUGUGUCUCCUUUGUGUUGGCUCUGUUUGAGGAGGGAGAGGAGACGACCACCGCCUUUGUUGAGCCUGUUGUUAUUCUUCUCAUCCUCAUCGCCAACGCUGUUAUCGGGGUCUGGCAGGAGCGGAAUGCAGAGAAUGCCAUCGAGGCUCUGAAAGAGUACGAACCAGAGAUGGGGAAAGUGUACCGCAUGAACCGCAAGGCUGUCCAGAGGAUCAAAGCCAGAGACAUCGUCCCAGGAGACAUCGUGGAGGUGGCAGUUGGUGACAAGGUGCCUGCUGACAUCAGAGUGACCUCGAUAAAGUCCACCACCCUGCGAGUGGACCAAUCCAUCCUCACAGGGGAAUCCGUGUCCGUUAUCAAACACACUGACCCUGUUCCUGACCCCAGAGCUGUCAACCAGGACAAAAAGAACAUGCUGUUUUCCGGCACUAACAUUGCAGCAGGCCGUGCCAUAGGAGUGGUCGUUGCUACUGGCGUUUCCACAGAAAUCGGUAAGAUCCGUAAUCAGAUGGCUGCCACAGAACAAGAGAAGACACCGCUGCAGCAGAAGCUGGACGAGUUCGGACAGCAGCUCUCCAAAGUCAUCUCCCUGAUCUGCGUGGCUGUGUGGGUCAUCAACAUCGGCCACUUCGGAGACCCCGUCCACGGCGGCUCUUGGGUCAGAGGGGCUAUUUAUUACUUUAAAAUUGCUGUGGCACUGGCUGUUGCCGCCAUCCCUGAGGGGCUGCCCGCCGUCAUCACCACCUGCCUGGCACUUGGCACGCGCCGCAUGGCCAAGAAGAAUGCCAUUGUUCGCAGUCUGCCGUCAGUAGAGACGCUGGGCUGUACCUCCGUUAUCUGCUCCGACAAGACGGGCACCCUCACCACCAACCAGAUGUCCGUCUGCAGAAUGUUUGUCGCAGACAAAGUUGAAGAUUCAACCUGCAGCCUCCACGAGUUCUCUAUAACUGGUUCUACGUAUGCCCCCGAGGGACAAAUACUUAAAGGAGACAAGCCCAUCCAGUGUGGAGACUUCGAUGGACUUUUGGAGUUGGCCACUGUGUGCUCUAUGUGCAAUGAUUCUUCACUGGACUACAAUGAGGCCAAAGGGGUUUACGAGAAGGUGGGUGAAGCCACAGAGACAGCUCUAACCACCUUGGUGGAGAAGAUGAAUGUCUUCAAGACUGACCUGUCUGGACUCAGCAAAGUGGAACGUGCUGGUGCCUGCAACUCGGUGAUCAAACAGCUGAUGAAGAAAGAGUUCACCCUGGAGUUCUCUCGUGACCGCAAGUCGAUGUCUGUGUACUGCACCCCUGUUAAGCCGGGCUCCCAGAGCAAGAUGUUCAUCAAGGGUGCUCCGGAGAGCGUGAUUGAGCGCUGUAAUUACCUUCGGGUGGGGACAGGGAAGGUGACGCUGACACCGGCCCUGCGCGACCAGCUGCUGUCUAAGAUCAGGGACUGGGGGACAGGCAGGGACACCCUGCGCUGCCUCGCCCUGGCUACACAUGACGUCCCACCACGCAAGGAGGACAUGGACUUGGAGAACUCCAGCAAGUUUGCAGAGUAUGAGUUGGGUCUCACGUUUGUCGGCUGUGUGGGCAUGCUCGACCCGCCCAGGAAGGAGGUGAUCGGUUCAGUGAAACUGUGCAGCGAGGCGGGCAUACGUGUGAUCAUGAUCACCGGAGACAACAAGGGCACAGCUGUGGCCAUCUGCAGACGAAUCGGCAUCUUUGGUGAGGAAGAGGACGUGACAGGAAAGGCAUACACGGGCCGCGAAUUUGAUGACCUCCCGCCCGAGGCCCAGAGAGAAGCCGUCAAACGGGCGCGAUGCUUCGCCCGCGUCGAGCCCGCUCACAAGUCGAAGAUAGUUGGAUACCUGCAGUCAUUCGAUGAGAUUACUGCUAUGACAGGAGAUGGUGUGAACGACGCCCCGGCCCUGAAGAAAGCAGAGAUCGGCAUCGCCAUGGGCUCCGGCACUGCCGUGGCUAAGUCGGCGUCUGAGAUGGUGCUGUCUGAUGAUAACUUCUCCACCAUUGUGGCUGCUGUGGAGGAGGGCAGAGCCAUCUACAACAACAUGAAGCAGUUCAUCAGAUAUCUCAUCUCCUCUAACGUGGGGGAAGUGGUCUGCAUCUUCCUGACGGCCAUCCUGGGUCUCCCCGAGGCUCUGAUUCCAGUCCAGCUGCUGUGGGUGAAUCUGGUGACUGAUGGGUUGCCUGCCACCGCCCUGGGCUUCAAUCCCCCAGACCUGGACAUCAUGGACAAACCUCCCCGCAACCCCAAGGAGCCCCUCAUCUCCGGCUGGCUCUUCUUCAGAUAUCUGGCCAUUGGAGGAUAUGUGGGUCUUGGUACAGUGGGUGCUGCCACAUGGUGGUACCUGUUUGAUGACGAAGGCCCACAAGUGACUUUCUAUCAGCUGAGCCACUUCAUGCAGUGUACAGAGGAAAACCCUUUGUUCAAGGACAUAGACUGUGAGGUGUUUGAAUCCCGAUACCCAACAACCAUGGCCCUGUCUGUGCUGGUCACUAUUGAAAUGUUCAAUGCACUCAACAGUUUGUCUGAGAACCAGUCCCUGCUCAGGAUGCCUCCCUGGGUCAACAUUUGGCUGCUGGGAGCCAUCAUCCUCUCCCUCUCCCUCCACUUCUUCAUCCUCUACGUCGAGCCACUGCCGUUGAUCUUCCAGGUGACCCCUCUGCGCUGGUCCCAGUGGAUCAUGGUCCUGAAGAUUUCCAUUCCAGUCAUCCUCCUGGAUGAGGCACUGAAAUAUAUCUCCAGGAACCAUCUAGAAGGUGACGACGAUAAGAAAUAUCGGAGGAGAUGGCAGCUGAACUAAGACCUCUCCCUCAACACACUCACACACUUAGACACACGCCUACCCUCCUCCCUUUACGAGCUAGAAACCCUUUUCUCUCCCCUGUCCUCAUUCCCCACUCCUGCAUGUCCAACAAACCACCACUAGAAAUGAGCAGGGCUUGCAUGAGAAGAGCGAGUGUGCGAGAGAGAGCAUGUGUGUUCCUGCAAGCAUGGCUUCGUACGAGUGUGUGAGUGAAUGAGCACUGUGUGUUUGAGCAGGCAGAUGCAGGCCUGUCUUUACAUCUGCGAGAGCAAGAAACAACUGCAGAAAAAAACAAAGAUAAAUCUGCCCAGGGCUCUGCUUUUUAAAGAUUUCUGCUCAUUGGUUUUUUGACUACAACAUAGUGGUGCCGUAACUGGACUUUGGGGAGGGAAGGUGAGGGAGGACAGGGGAGCGGAGGUUGAGAAUACUGGGUGGGAGAGGAGGCCGGGGAGGGGGAGGGGGGAUUUUGAAAUUAGCACCGAGACAGAAAGAGAGAUGGAGAGGCCUUCCAUGGAGAGACUAGUGUACACACUGGGGAAAGAAGAGCAUCAGCAAGAAAGUGGAAGGUGAAAACAGCCGGCUCUUGAGGCGGUGAGAGUGAGCCACUGUUUGUGUGCGUGUCCACAAAAACAUUAUCUGAAGGUACCGCCCAGGCUUCUGCCACCUACACUACUGGCAGUGAGUUCCAGCCAGCCCUGCAGGAGCGCGGCCUUAUCAGCACAACACAAUGGUCACAGCGCUGCUGCUUCAUCGCUCUUUGUCUUCACCCUCACCAAAGUCUGAGUCCUGUUGAUCGUCUUUUAUGCAGACUUACUCUUGCUCUCUCUUUCUCUCUCUGUCUCUCUUUCUCGCUCUCUGUUGAGGAGGCAGCUGUGGGCCCGGGUGGGUGGCGGGUUGUUGGGGGGUGGGGGUGGGGGGGUAUGAUGUUUUUGGGCUCUUGAAUUGGGUUGUGGAGGUGUCGCUCCACCUAAAGGUGUGAAUAGCUUUACGCCGCUUGGCCGCUUCUUUCGGCUCUUAAUUCGAGGAGCUGAGGUCAGCUCACAGAACUUGGCAAACACAUGAAAAAAUAAUAAAAUAAAAAUGUCAAACAGCAACCAAACCAGCAUAUCAGUAGAGUCAGCCAGUCCAACCAGCUGGUCCUGUUAAGCCUCACUUUCAUGUCCAUCUGCUGUGCUGUCAUUAGCUGUCAAAUAUGUAAAUUAAAGGCAGAUCUGAGAAACAGGGUGCAGCUUCACAACAUUUUGUACAUAAUAAUUGUUGUGGAGCGUCAUGUUGUUGAUCUACCUUUAAAGAGAAGUUUGGUGUUUCUCAACAUGGACCCUGUUUUCUCAUAUUUUUGUGUCUAAUUGACUGAACAAGAAUUUUUUAACUUGGUUUAGUAUUGCAUUAGAGCGCUGCAGCCAGCAGCCGUGGAACCGGCUGCGAUGUUAUCACUCGGGGCAUGUUUGCAGUGUCAGUGUGUGUCCACUAAAAGCGCUUCUUUUUGCCACUGACAGGCUCAGAUUGUUCUUAUAAGUGUCAUUGUGGAAAGGAUCCCUACAGUGGGAUCCUUUUUGUUUAACAAGAAACAGCCUCAAAAUCUCUGCAUCAAACCCACCAGACUCCAUCCAGUCAUUUUAACGAAAAUGCUCUUGUUUCCAAGAAAACAAGAGCUGGUGAUCAUUGGAACAUCAAAAAGAUGAGCCAAAAUGGUUUUUGAGUUUUAUUUUGUUUUUAUCAACUUAAAGUGUGUUUUAGGGUGAUAAAAUUACUGUUUAUUUAAAUGGAGUCUGGUGCAUUUAGAGAUAGCGAUUUCAGGGCUUAUGCUUUGUCUCUGUCAGGAUCCUUUUCAUCAAAUUUUCAAACACUCACAAUCUGAGCCUGUCAGUGGCAAAACAAAUCUCUUUAGUGGAUGUACAUUGACAGUGCAAACAUUGCAGCCUGUUUGCCGCUGCAGGCUACAGCGCUCUUACUCAGUGCUGGACCAGUUUUGAAAACUGUUGCUCCCUAUAGACACUACAAAAGGGCCAGGCCGAAAAACACCAAGCUUAACCUUUCAUUUCUUCAGUUAUUUCUGACCCUGCACCAGCGCUAACGUGUGUGUGAUUGUGUGUGCAUAUAGCCUUACUUGAAUAACUUGUCUGAUUUGACUUGAUGAUUAAGUUAAAGUAAGUUAAGGAAUGGCAGGUGAAGUGCUCGAUUGUCUCACCUGGUCAUGAAUCAUUUAUAUAUAUACAGAUAUAUAUAUAUAUAUAUAAAACGCACAUUUAACAUCCAUGCCUUAUACAGCCCACUGCACCUCCACAUUGAACAUGUGGUUGAAAUGAAUGUGUUUCUGCUAGCCUUUAAUUAUCCACCGCCACCACUCUCACUCAUACGUGCCCUGACAGUGAUAAUCAUCAUGAUCACUCGAGGUCUUAAAGACUCUGAAUGUCCUCCUCCAUGUCUGAGGCAUGUUUAAUAGGAAGCCCUUUUUGUUGUGCUUUGUGCGCUGCUCCCUCAGCUCCUCCUGCUCUCUCAGUGCUUUAGCGACUCACUUUGGUAUUGUUUUAUAAUGACUAAAUAGUAAUGUAUUUGACUGAAUGAACCCACACGGUUUGGAUUGUGUCUUUAAGUCUUAAUUCUGGGUUUUGUGUUGGGCCCUGGUGCUCUGCGGACUGGCUCAGUGGUGUUUUUGGUCUCUUGUUGCGUUCACACAAGGACAGAGGAGAGUGUGCACGUUCAGAAAUAAUCUGCUGGAUCAAAAACAGCAUCUGCGCACUCUGUCAGUUGCUUCUAAUGAAUUCAAAUGAAUUCAAUAAAGCGACGUUUUGAUUACAGAGAUCUUAAAGGCAACUGUUGACUGAUGACGAUCUCUGCAAUUUAAACAGAAAAUUGAAUUAACUAGGACACACUGUGCAGAUCUUUCUACGUUUUCCUUCCUUUUCCUUGCGUCCAGAUCUGAUUUCAACAAGCAGGGCUGAUUUCCGCAGUGUGACACAUAGCAUGGUUUAGAAUUUAAAGGAAAAUCCAUCCUUAAACAACAUUAGUGAGCAAUCUGCCGUUGCUUACAGGAGGAGUUGUAUUUUUCUGUUUUGUUGCUUGGUGAUGUUUUUUUCUUCCUCCAGGGGAUAACUAGCCAAACUUAGAUGACAUGACAUCAUCGAGUCCAGAUAUUUCCAGUUCCACAUGCUCUCUGGGGUCAUUUUUGGAAAUGUACAGCAGAAAUUAACUCACUUAAAGGGAUAUCCACCAAAGGCAAAAGCCCCAAAAAAUAAUCUUUAAAGGGAUAUUUGGGACUUUCUGAAGUGGGGUUGUAUGAGGUAGUUCUCCAUAGUCUGUAUAUUACAUAGAGUAGAUGGUGAUACAGUUGCUGUCAGUUUGGAGAAGCAGACAGGAGUACCACCACAGAGGCUAAGCAGUGUACUGCUGUGGAUGGGGCCAGAAGCAAAAAAAAAUUUUAUACACCUAAAAAAAAAUCAGCAUUAGUCGAAGUGUACACUAUAUUUAGAAUAUUUUCACCGCUUUACCAUGCUGUCAGACAACCAUUUGAGACAUGCUCUCAUGUAAUUUUACCUCACAGAAGAUGGGAAUUGCUGAUCUACCACAGCCUCAAUUGGUUAGCUUGUUUGUUUUACUGUGUGCCUUUGGUGAACUCGAACUAACUCUUUAAAACACAGUUAGACAAACUGACCAAUUGAGGCAGUGGGAGACAAGCAGCUCCCGUGUUCUGUGAGGUAAAAUUACUGUUAUUGUGUCUGUUUUUUUGGUGUCUUUGAAGAAAGGGAUAUAACAGCUUCAGGUUCCCGUCAGAAAGGGCUAUCUGACAGCAAGGUAAAGUGGUGAAAAUUUUCUAAAAAUAGCAUACAUUAAACUGAUGGCUGAUUUUUUUUUUUAUGUAGCUGAAACACAUUUUGCUGCUGCCUCCGUCCACAACAGUACAUUGCUAAGCUUCUGUUGCAGUACCUGGCCAGUCUGCUUCUCCAAAAUCGGGGCGUGUUGACUGCCAUCUAAUGAAGGUAAUAUACUGACUAUGAAUAAAUACCUCAUACAACCCCACUUCCAAAAAUCCCAAAUAUCCCUUUACAAGCCAGUGACCAAAAUAAAUGUUGGCAUUUACGUAUCUGCAUACCAUAGAUACAUUACAUUUGCACGUUAUUAUGUAGCAGCUGUGUUGAAACUUAAGCAUUCAACAAUGCUGUGGAUAACACGUGGUUAGUUACUCUUGGUUAUGGUUGGGAAAAGACCAUGUUCAUCUUAAAAUAUUGUUUGGGGGGCACAAUCCUCGCUGGGAAAGCAGUGAUGUCUUGGUUAAAAAAAAAUAAAAAUAAUGGCACUUUUGGUGCCUAAAGAAAACGCACACACACAAGAAAAAACCCAGCAAUAACUCGCUGAAUCACAACUUUUCACAUAUCAAACAUUGAUAUGAUAUGUAUGAAACGUGCAAAUGUACAGUAAUGUACCUAUGGUUUGCAGAAACACUAAAAAGACACAAGCACCUCCUGAAAGACUUAACAUGAACAUCCUGAACAUCCCAGACUGAUGUGAGGAGAUUUAGGGUUGGAAUAUUCCUUCUAAUUUUACACCAGAAGCUGGAUUUUGCGUCACGUAAAUAAUGGCCUGAUUUGAUUCUCUAUGUUCAGUGUUUUGUUUGACCACCGUGAGAAUGUGGCACCUCUGUCCAGACCAGCAGACCACCUGUCCCUGUCCCAGGUCUCCAUGGCUCUGUAACAUGCUGGCACUCUGGCCACCAGGCACUAUAGGUCUGUAUAGCCUUGUUAUUUACUACUGAAUCCUCAACUCUGUACAGAAGAUGAGAAUAUGAUCGCAUGGAACCUUGUUACUGUAAUAAUAACCUAUACAGUAUAUAAUAUUUAAUUUUUUGAUAACUUACAUCGAUGAAAACCUACUCACCACCGACAACACAGACUUGCAAGAACCCAUUUUUUAUUUUUCUUUGAGCACAAGGUAUCUAAGGAUCUCCUCUUUUUGUUGUUUUGUAGAAUAGAACGGUUGUUUCUUUAUUGUUCCCAUUCGGUUUUUACAGUUGCUGGGGUUUUGUGUCUUUUACUGUAGGGAAAAAGAAUACGAUGUUAUCAUGUUUAAGAUAGACAAGAAUCAUGCUUACGCUAAUUAACGAUGAUGACGCUGAUCAUUUCAGUGAUAGUUACCCGGUGUGAGAAUGUUCAAGAAUUUGUGAAUGAACUGUGUCUGGUUUACACUGAGUGAUGAGCAGUGAUGAAUCCUGGGAUAUGAAGUUUUAUGAGUGUAUAUUGAAGGGCUUGGUGUGGGUGCAGGCUCUAGAGACCCCUGACAACACGGUACUCAAAGUCCUAUGGCCAUCUGUAAAAUAAUAACCACCUUUACUAACAGUGAGGGAGUGAUCUGGUUUGUAUGAAUAACAUCUGAGAAGUCUCUAGAGCCUGAGUUCCACCUCUGAGAAAUUAAAAGGAUUCUCUGUAUUGCCUUGUUAAUAUUAAUUGUGGACACAUAAUUUUAUAAAUGACAAAGACGUGGAAAUAAAGAUAAUUUAUCUUGUUAUUUA